AAGAUGGGGAGGAGACUGGGGUGGUCUUAAAAAAACAUGCACAGAAAUCCCUUAUCCAUUUACAGGGCUCUUUUUCUUUUGUUCUUGGGACAUGAGUGUAACCUGGUUAGACUUGUUUUGUUUGUACGUGAAGGUGUGAGUUGGCUGGCAGUAUGCAAAUGUUUGUAAUCCUUACGGAGUUUUUUUAAAGUUUAAUUUUAGAAGAUCCAAUCAGAAUAACAGGAAGUGACCUAAGGAAUUCCACAAUUGGCCAGCUAAACAUUUUUUUAAAGUUUGAAAAUUAAUAUCAUAUCCAUUUAUCUCCACUGCUCGGAGGUUUUUGAAGUGAUAGUCUGCCACCUAUGUUUACCUAACAUCUGACAUAGCCUGAUCAGUCGUUUCACUGUUGCAGCUCAAGGAUUUUCCCAACAGACCCAGAAGCUAAAUGAGAUCAUGAUUUUAGAAGGAACUGGCAGAAUGAGUCUUAAUUCCGUCACAAGUCUUCUCCAUGAGCAGCCAUCCUGGACUGAUGGAUAUCCGCCAUGCAAUGCAACUGGUAGUUUUUUUGGAACUCAGUGGCAUGAAAUACACCCACAAUAUUGGACAAAAUAUCAGGUCUGGGAAUGGCUCCAGCAUCUCUUGGACACCAACCAGCUCGAUGCCAACUGCAUUCCUUUCCAGGAGUUUGAUAUCAGUGGCGAACAUCUGUGCAACAUGAACUUGCAGGAUUUCACCCGGGCGGCUGGCACAGCUGGACAACUUCUCUACAGCAGUCUUCACCAUCUGAAGUGGAAUGGUCAGUUUGGAAGUGAAAUGUACCCAUCACAGAACAUCAUUGUUAAGACAGAACAAGCAGAUCCAUGUGCAAUGACAUCCUGGAAAGAUGAUAAUUAUUUUUAUGAUAAUGGAUAUGGAGGCACAGUAGAAUUAGUGGACAGCAAAGCCUAUUGUCGAGCACAGAUUUCAAUUAAUGCUGCUAAUCACCAGCCUAUCGAAGAUUCUUCAGAUGUUAAAAAAAUAGCACAAGAACACACUCCGAAAUCACAUAACAAGAAGCACACUCCUCGAGGGACACACUUGUGGGAGUUUAUCCGAGACAUCCUUUUACAUCCAGAGAAGAACCCAGGAUUGAUUAAAUGGGAGGAUCGAUCUGAAGGCAUCUUCAGAUUUUUAAAAUCUGAGGCAGUAGCUCAGUUGUGGGGGAAAAAGAAGAAUAACAGCAGCAUGACUUAUGAGAAACUGAGUCGUGCCAUGAGGUAUUAUUACAAAAGAGAAAUUCUUGAACGUGUAGAUGGCCGAAGACUGGUAUACAAAUUUGGGAAGAAUGCUCGUGGUUGGCGAGAAAAUGAGAACUAAAGGCAACUCAAAAACAACAAAAACCAACCUCCAAAUAAUUAUAGUUAUACAAUAGAGCUACCACUAGAAGGAACUCAUAGUGGAUGUAAAUAUUUCAAAGACUGUUUUCUUCUAUUUAUGUACAAAAUUGGGUGGAAGGCUGUAAUCUACUCUAGUGGGAAGAAGGAACUCUGUUGUUUGUUGAUGUGAAAUAUUUUUUAUUUGAAAUAUGUCCUUCUACAGGGAAAAAUGUACACAGUUUUCUGUGACCUAUGAUAAUGUGGUAUGGUUGUGUUUGGGUAUGUAUUUGCCUUUCUUAUGAAGACGCUUGAAAAGUGUAUUCUGGGAUAAAUGUGAUUCAUUAUAAUACUGUGAGAGUUGUAUGCUGUGGGAGGAAAUCAUAGGGCAUUACUUUUCAUUUGGGAGGUUGAAAUAAGGCCUAUUACUUCCUGCGUAUGAAACAAAUGAGGACUUAGCUUUUUCUCAGUUGUAAGGAUUGCUUGAGGAGAUCUGUCCAUGCAACAUCAUGUCUCUCUUAUUAGACAUAGCAGCAUGCUAAGAGACAGUCAGCAAACUUGACCUGUUGCUUGUGUCUUUAAUUGGAACACAUUUGGUUUAGCUUCAUUUGGAGUCUUACAAUUAGAAGCAAAUUUGAUCCUUCAAUUGAAGACUGUGUUAUAUUGACAUAGAACCUGUUCUCACUCAGAAAGGAUUGGUUUAAUUUGUGAUAUCACUGAAAAGUGUUUUUUAAUUAAAUCAAAGCUUUCCCUUUUUCUUUAAUGUAAAUGUGGUCAAUAUAUUCUGAAAUCAUGUCAUACUAUGACAAUUAACCCUUUCACAUUGCUCAUUUCGAAUAGUGUGAUUCCACUUUAAUUGCCUUGGCUGCAUACUAUGGAAUCCUGUGAUUUGUCAUUUGAUGAGUGCUACAGCUCUCUGGCUGAGUAUUCUGAGUUGCCUCACCUUAAACUACAACCCUCAGGAUUACAUAUGAUGUUUCCAUGGCUGUUGAAGUAGAACAAUAGUAGAAUCAUAGCUCUAUAGUUACACUGGGUAAAACAACCCCAUGUGAAGGUCAGUUCUCAGCUUGGCUUUCGGUAUAAAUGUUUCCUUGCAUAGGGUCACAUUUCAAAAUUUCUGUAUAUCAAAGCUAAAUGACAGACUAUGUGCUUUGGGGCAUGCAAAGCAUACUCUUUCCCGUACUCACAUAAAUAUGAUGUACAUUGGUCUCAGCCUAACAGAAGUGCUAAAUCUCCAUCUUUAUUGCACUACGCCAUAUUUGCACUCCCCUGCAUUCAAAAACACAGUUCUAUUUGCAGGGAUUUUUGUUGUUGUUCGUCUUGUGUUUUGGAAGAGCAUUCAGUCAUGUGAAUACUUACUUGCAGUUUGAAGCAAGACAGCUUAGAUGCAGAUUUAACACUUCUGGUGAAACCAAGCUAUUGUUCUAAGGGCUAUAUUUAAAAAUGGCCCCUUUCAAUGUUUGCCUUGAGUGCAAACAUUUUGAACUAGAAUUCUGUGUUUCCAUUUUAGAAUUGUUUGGGAUGGGAGCAUAGGAGGAGGAUAAAGCAAGUCACAAGAUAGAGCAGAGCUUCUGGAAAAUUAACCAUUCUUUAAAAGGGAUCAAAGUUUUGUGCUACCUUAGACAAACAGAUUUAUUUUGGCAUAGGCGUUUAUGGACUACUACCCACUUUGUUUGCUGCAACAGGUCAAUGUGGCUCCCUCUCUGGCCUUUACAGAGAAAACACACCUGGGCAUGUCAGGUAGACAACACCUUCUUCUGUACAGUUCUUGCCAAAGCUGUCACCAUGAAUUAGAGCUAUGUGACAUUUUUGACUUUACAUAAGAUGGGCGAGGCAGGUUCAUCUUAUUUACAGAUGAAGUCAUAAGACUCUGUCCUUCAGAGCAUGCAUUUUCUUUUUGUGUGCCUAUAUUUUGUUAUUCUGAAUAGUUGUUCUAUCUCAGUAAUUUUUCUUCCUUUCUCCUCAGCUUAUUCCACAGCUCCAUUUUAAAAACUUGAUGAGUUCUUGGUGUGUAAUCAUCAUUCUCUCCAUAAAUGCUAGACACCGGUCUCAAAUUGUCAUUCUUUUGUGAUUUAGGUACUGCCAGCAUAAAGGGCCAUUGAGCCAAAGAGGCAUUUCAAAUGUGAAAUAUGUGUCAUUUUUUAGAUAUACACAUAUAUUUUAAAAAAUAAAAUACUUUCCAGAAGUCUCAGGCUGUACCUUCAAUUAAUGAAUUAUUGGCAAUUAAAAAGAACUUCACGAAGUCCUUUUUCUUUGGGUAAUAUGAGGUAGUAAUUGAAACAAGUUCAGUGGUAUCUGCAAAACUGUAGAAAAGCUGAUGCCUGCAAUGCUAUGUCACAAUGAUAGUGACUUUAAGGGAAUUCUUCAGGUAUUUUUUCCUUAUUCUUUUUGGCCUUAUAUGUUUCUUGCUUUGGAAAAUUUGCUACUAUUUCAUCAUUUCUCAGACCAUAGAAAUCAAAUGAUGUGGAAAUUAUGCAAUUAUGUAAAUGUAUGUCCUUGCAGAAAGGAUGAUAUUGUAAAGAUUAUGCCAAGAGUUAACUGUCAAGAUUAUGAGAAAGUUUAUUUUUGAAUUACAGUUUUCAAAAUUACUUAGCCAGCAAGAUGAUUCUGGGAGUUGUCAUCCAAAAAUGUCUUUCUCUAGGUUAGAAAAAGAUAUGUAAAGAACUGGGUGAAUAUUGAUGGUAUACUGCAGACUUCAGCUGGUAAAAUACUUACUGUAUAUACUCAUAUAUAGGUCUAGAAAUUUUAGUCAAAAUAUUGACUCAACCUGGGUCAAUUUAUUCACAGGUCAAUAUAAGUACUGUAGCUUAAUACUAAUAAAAAAAAGAGCCAUCCCAUUUUCUGAAUAUAGUCUGGGGUGGCACUGGCACUUUCCCCUCUCUCUGGAAUGACCCUUGACCUAUCCCUGGGUCAUGGUAUGUUUUCAUCAUGGUAAGCCAUGGGAAACAAAGUACUAUGACUGUAUUAUGUUUUGAUUGUAUAUAAAACAGAUUUUGCAAAACAUUUGCUUACAAUAAAAUUGUGCUUGUUCUAAAUAGUGUGUUUCCCAAAUGGUGCUUCUCCAGAUGUUUUGGACUUCAGCUCCCACAGUUCCUAACAUCUGGUAAACCAGAUGGGAUUUCUGGGAGUUGAAGUCCAAAACACCUGGAGGAGCACAGUUUGAGAAACACUGUUCUAAAUGAAAGUGGUUUUCAGAGAUGUUCACCUGGAAACAGUUUCCCUUAAACAGACUACUCUCCUUAACCACAAUUCCACUAAUUUUGUUAAUAUCUUUCAGCACUCUUGCCAUACUGAAAACAAUAUAUGUUUGUAGUGCAGAUAUGAACUUUGAAUAACAUCUAGUGAAUAGUUUCUUUUCAGGUCCAUGUUCCACCUCCACUGGAUUAUUAGUUAAUCCCAAACUAUUAAUCUAAAAUAGUGAACAAUACCGUCAGAUAUUUAUGACUGCUUUAAACGUUUCUCAUUUGAUUACAUGAUGUCAUAGAUUUGAAAACAGAGCCAAAGUAACAUUUACUCUGCCACAGAGAAAAAGUAAAUCUAUUAUGUGCCAUGGGUCUUGCCAAGCACAGAUAGUCCCAGCCAAAAUUGAACCUUUUUCCAGUUAUAAGCAAUAGGACAUAAUGAAGACAUGAAUGUUUGUAUCAGGUUGCUUUUAAAACAUAAAGGCAUUUCUGAGAUUUAAUGUGUUUCCAAAAAUGGAGUAGUAUUUUUUAUUAAAAAGGUGUAUAUUUUAUACAAAUAACAUAUGUAUAGAUUUGUAUUGUAGCAUAAUUUUAAAGAUGUGUAAAGUUCUAUAUAAGAAAAAUAUUUUACUGUAUAUAAAGAGAUAACCAUAAGCAAAUCAGAUGGUCAAAUAAUCUGUUGAUCUGCUAUGAGAUUUUGCUUGUGACAUUUUUGUGUACAGUACAGAUUGAUCCUCUAUUCAUAAAUAAUUACUACUAUAUCCAAUGUGGCUCAUCUGAGAUAAGUGUGCAUAGGAUUUAAGCCAGUCUUUUUUCAAAGACACUUCUUGAGACAUGUUUCUUGCCAUGUAAAAUGCAGAAACUAUUAUAUGCUGAACAACACAGUUUGCUUGUUUCAGGAAAAUGAAUAGCAUCUUAUUUAAUCUGUUACAGAAGUGCCGAAUUAAUUCUAAACACUGAUUCUGUCUAAUUCUGUUAAUUAAAAACCAGUGAAUUUUC